CUGUGGUUGACCAAAUAAUAUUAUUUUGGUAUCAGUACUUGACCAACAUAGAAAGUAUUUCAGUGACCAAAACAUUUUUGUAUUUAUUAUUUAGAGACGACUUCAUAGCUUUGACAACUCCAGAAUACUCACUGUAAAAAACAAUAACCUUUCUUCAGGUACUACAUGCUGUUUGCCAGUUACAUAUAAAUUAAUAUUAUUAAAGUGACCAGAUACCUGGCAGCCAGAAAUUUAGUAAACUGCUGGCAAUAUGUUAUAUGGUGACCAUAGUUAAUUAAAAUUUAAUUUUUAUCAAAUAAACCAAUCCCAAACCCUUAUCUAACCCUGACUGGUAAAUGUCUUAAAAAAGUCAGAAAAAAGUUUUAAAAAUAUAUAUUACUACAAAUAAAGAAAUAACAGCUAGCUGCCUGCUACUGCAGAGUCUAGACUGCAAUAGCUUAAUGACAAUUCUUCGAUCCAGUGGAAAUAGGUUUUUCUCUACAAUGAACUGCUCUAUCAAUGAUAUACCAGUUGUAUUUUUCCACCUUUAUUAAUUUUUCAAUUUGUGUCAACCCACAUGAAAAAGUGUUUUAAUUGCUUCCUGACAGUGAGUCGAUCAUAAGACUUGACAAAGCGCUAUGUAUGCCAUUAUACUGUAGUGCACACAAUGGCCUCAAAGCUUUCAAUAGUAUCCAAAUUAAUAUAAGCAACAAGCUAGUCUCACUGUCACAUCUAAGCUUUUCGCUCGCAGUUAGAAAUUUUCCUUCAAGUUGUGUUUUCCUUCACGAAUGGAGUCAACAGACUAAGCUUGAGUACGAAUCUGCCAAGCGUGCGAAUGGGAAAAACUUGGGUGCGAAUCUACCAAGCCUGGGUGUGAAUCUACCAAACCUGGGUGCAAUUCGACCAAGCCUGGGCACGAAUCUACCAAACCUGGGUGCGAAUGGACCAAGCUUGGGUACGAAACGGUAAAAGGAUGGGAAAAGGCAGGAGUACGAAACAACCAUAAAGUAACCUUUUUGUCCUCUUAGAUAUGCUACACCAUCUUUGCGUCCAAAUCCUCAAAACUCGAACACUAUUUUAUUAAUGUGCAAUUGUGCAUGUUAACACAUACGAAUUAGUUAGAAUUACAUAUUAUAAUAAUUAAAUUUGGAUCUUAUUCACGUAUUUUCCAUAUAAAGGGGCGGACCAUUAGAAAAGUGAUGGGGGAGGGGGGGGGGAGUGGAACUUCCGGCUGCUUCGGCAUUGCAGGAAUUUUUUUUACUACCAGAUUUCCUGCCCGAAUUUAUUUUUUAAUGAAGCUCUGAGUCUCUGACGAAGCUUGGGCCUUGGGUUGAAAGGUUUCAAUCGGCUUUAGUCUUAAAAAACUCAGUGCUUGAUUGCAAGGAAUAAGUACUAAAGAGGGAUCUGCUGUAUGUUGCGCGAGGCGGCAAGGGAUAUGCGGUGCAUGAAAGAAUUAGUUGUAAAUUGUCUCCAUAUUUAAUAUAUAGCAGCAAUGAUACUGUUCAGGAUAUCUUUUAAUUCAGCAAAUGCCCUCUAUAUACAGUUAGUAGAGAGUUGAAGAUCUACGACGCGGCCGGCUCAACGACGCGGUCUGAAUUUCAGCUAAAAAAUGAACGCUAAGCAAUUUCAUUACUGUAAUAAAUGUUUGACGAUUUUCAAAUAACAUUACAAACUGCUAAGUUUGACUAAAGCGAUGCAAUGUUUGCUGUAAUUUCGACAUUAAGUAUCACCUUUUGGGUCGCAAUAAGCUUCGCGUUGCUUGAAAGACGUGAUAAUGCUUAGUUUAAUGAACUGCUGAGCAUGACAAAGCCGUUGAGAAUACCCCUGGGACCACAAAUUAUUCACAGUUUUUGUCUUGCAUGACAGAUUUCUUUCUUUCGCAAGCGCGUCGUUGAGCCGGCCGCGUCGUAGAUCUUAAACUCUCUGUGAUAUUCAAGGCCAGCAGCAGGAAAUUUGGGAUAAUGUUGUGAUGUGACACAAUUAGGGAUAUUUUGGGCUGGGAUCAGGAAACUUUGGAAUAGGGAUAUAAACGGUACAUUUUGAAUAACUUGGGUCAAAUGAACUGCUGCAAAUCUAUUCAUAAUUACUCAGGGACGCCGGAACUGGGGGGGGGGCAGCCGCCCCCAUUGCCCUUUACCAGGAAGGGCAAGGGGGGCAAAAGUGCCCUUUCAAUUUAAAGGAUUGCCUUGGCGAAAUAGCGAAUUGUCAGAAAUUGUCAGUGCAAUUAGCGAAUGGUAGCGAAUUGUCAGUGCAAUUCUUUUACGAAGAAAUGCAGUCAUCGAGCUUCAAGAAUCAUGCCAAAAAAUAUUACUAUCAAGGCGGACAUUUGCCUCUUUGACGCCCGCGCGUGCGUAAUUGCAAGUAAUUACGAUGAUGGCGGCUAGUGAGAAGUUUAUAGGACUACAGAAGAAGGUUUAAUUAAAGCCGAUAUAGAGUUAUAUAAAACGCUCGUAAAAGUUUGGCAACCUCGAACUUGUGUGAAAUACUCGGCCUUCAGGCAUACAUACAUUAUCUUUAUGUUGUUGUUCAUGAAAGUGUAACCCGCACACCAAAAGCGCAAUGCGUUAUGCGUCAUUCAUGUUCACGCGUAUCACACUACAAACAUAUUACACUGCACAAAAUACAUUACUUAUCUCAAUCUGCCUGUUGACUUAUAUACUGCUCUAUUAAAUGUAUUAAUUGACGAGAUAUUGCGAAUCAUUAUAAAUAAACGUCGCUUACAGCUGCGUUGCGCGACGAUUUUUCGGGAAUAUACAUGCUAUAUAAUGUUAUAUAAAGAUAUAAUACAUACUUAUUAUUUAUUGAUAGUAAUGUUAAAAUUAAUUAGGAAGGUCGUCUUUAUUCGAAUUGCUUCCCCACGAGCCUUCUUCGCCAAAUUCAUCGUCGCUUACUGCAUCGGUAAACGCCAGAAGAGUAAUCCGAGCCAUAAACAACUAGAUAUUAGCCCUGUCGACCAAAACAUUGCUAACACAAAUCGUCGAAAUGACACAGGAAAUAUUGCGCCAAAUUUUAACAUUUUGGUACCAUAUUGAUCACUGGAUUCCAGGCUUUCAGAAUCCGUGCGUACUUCUGUCGUUUACGCAUACUUUAAAGAAUACAGCCGCUGUAUAUUUCAACCACGGGUUCACCGUAGUAAUAAUUGCGACCAGCGAGCGAGCACCAGCGAGCGAGCUGGGAGCAUCCUAAUCUGUGUCUGUGCGUAGAAAAUUUAAAUAUACCGCUGAGUUCGGAUUAGCCCCGGCUCAAGAUUCACCGAUUCACCUCGGCUUGCAUUCCAUAUUUGGAACAUAUUUCCAUAUUUGGAAGACCGCAUGAAACGGUAUUUCCGCCGCUGUUAUGCCGCCCAGUGUUUUAUUUACUCGUCGAUACUGAUGCAAUUUCAUACAUGUACCUUUAACUUUUGUUCAUCAAAUUGUACAUCAAAUGAAGCUUAAGUUAGCAUCUACUAACUGUUGUAAGUCUGUUAUUGAAGACAGAUUUAAAUAAUCAAAAAGAUUAAAUGCUGUGCAUGAGGAUGUUGUGAUGUAUACAAAGAAACGUCUGUUGUUUGAAAGUCAUGUGGCUUUAAUAUUUAUCUUUAAAUUGCGCUUUGUCAAUCGGUAUUGUUAUUGACACGUCAUGCUAUUCAUAGAAGGCGACUUUGCGCCGUAGCGACAAUAUAAUCACAAAUUAUUACUAUUUGUUAUGUAAUUUGUAGCAAGUGACGUAAUUGGAUACCAAUCAGUCAAGUUAAUAUUUUGAUAAAUUUAUCUAAAUUGGAUAUUCAGUGUAAAUGGGCCGACUUUUAUUAUAUAAUGAGCAAUAUUGGCCCAUAUAUUAUCGCCACUCCUUUGCAUAAACUUGAAAAGUUGUUACUGUUUUUUUAUUUUGAAUAUAUCAAUAGACAAUAUGAAAUAAAGUACCUUGUCAUGUGCAUGUUUAUUUGAUGCAAAUCGUUAUAUAAAAAAUAAAAAAAACCCGACCGACCGACCGACUUUUGGCAAAAGUAAAGAAUGAUCACCAACUAUCUGGCCAAAACAGCGUGAGCCGGCGCGUUGUCAUUAGUGACUAAAGUCUCCAGGUCGCACUUUUUAACCUGUGGUUACGCCUAGUCUAUAUCAAUACUGCGGCCGGUCGCUCAAGUUCAUGGCCAAAGUGACACAGGAAAUAUUGCGCGGAAUAAAAAGCAAGCCAUGUAGACAUAAAGAGAGUAUCGCAAAGAGCAUAAAGCCGUGCGUACUUUUGGGAAAAGUCAACUAUAACUAGGUAAAAUUCGGGUUUAUGUGAUAAAAAUGAUAGUAAAUUGCGCGAUUUGGGCUUUAAACGCAACAGGAUGCCGAUACCGAAUAUUUUGGUGAUCAAAUGUCACAGCAUAUUUUCCCAUGCACAAUUGCCUGGCGGAGAAUCCCCUCACACCCAUAUCAUCCAAUAAAUAGAAAACAUGAUUAGGCGAAGUUCAACUCCCGCGAUGUUUUGCAAACAUCUCUUAGAAAAUAUCAAUUCAAAAGUGCCCUUUCACGAAAAUCUCCCCCCCCCCCUUGCCUUCACAUCGUUCCGGCGUCCCUGUAAUUACUCAAGUGUAACAGAUUAAAUAUUCUUAAAAGUAAAAUUUGAUUCGUUUCUAAAACAACGAUCUAUCAGACUGAGUAUAAAAUGCUCUUUUAUACUGCGCACUGCAGAAAUUUUUUUCCACUUCUUUGCCCAUGAGCGAAUUUUUCUUUCUUUUUUCCUUGAGCGAAUUUUUCCCCCCCCCCCCAUCACUUUUCUAAUGGUCCGCCCCUAAACGAUGUGUGAAGGGAGCCACUUAUUUAUAAUUUAUUAUUAAUAGUACUAUCUCCACCUGCCUUCCAAAGCACUCCAUAUACCGGAGUAAAUCAAGCUGCUUCAUUACGUACAAUGAGGACAAAUGGUUUAGAUGAUUCUCCUUUUACUUCGCAUGGCUCUUCAUCAACAACAUUACUUCAUAAUUUGUAUGAAAAGAUUGAACGACAAAGUCAGGUACUUCACUUUAAUAUUUGCCAAAUAUGCAUACUGUAUUUAUGUUUCAGACUUAUUUUCAAUAUUCAGUUUUACGAUUGCGGAAUUGUUAAUCCUUGGCAUUUUGUGUCCUCCCUUGCAUCUGUGUUUGCGCAAUUUCCCCUUUUUUACGUAACUCAACAUAUGAAGAUCUCCUUAUGUGGAGGUAAGGUAACCUACCACUUAGACCGCGAGCAGUCCCUCGGGAGAAAGGAGGCACGCCCGGGAAGCUAAACCACUGAGAGCUAAACCCGUGGAAACGAGGGACCGCUCGCAGUCUACCUACCACUAGGCCUUCGCUCGAAUCGUUGAAGUUCUUCUUGUAUUUUUCAGGUAGUUGUAUCCCAUCAAUCCGAUGCUUUCUCAUUAUUGGCAUUACCUCAACUGACCGUUCAAGAUAUAAACAAAAACAUAGCCCUUCCGCUACGGUAACCCGGGUCCUAGGGUCACCCGACGCGCAUGUAAAUCGCGAACACAAUCACUACAUAGACUAGAGUAAUCCGCUUACUCAGUAGGGUCAUCCUACUUCCAUGUGGGCUGGACUGCCUCUUCACCAAUCCCUUUUCUUUAUGAGAUACAGUAUGAGCAUUAAGUUACCCUUUAAGUAUAUAUUUUAAGACGAGCAUUAUUCGUGUUAACAGGGCUUUGAUCUCCUCAAAUCUAAAGUAGAUACGCUAGAGACAGAAGUAAAUAAUCAACGAAGAGAAAUGCAACAAUUUAAAGGUAAUUAAUAUGCUAAAGUUUUUCAUCUGUGAAAAAUUUUAUGUUAAGUCUAUUAUUGCAUUGGUUUAUAAAACAUUUGCGUUUCUUACAGAACGUCUUUCCCAACUUGUACAAAGAGUAGAAAGUUUUAAACCUGAAAAAGAUCAUGGAACCACAUUUGAAGAGGUAUAAGAGAGACUCAGAGAUUCAUGGUCGUUUUGAUUAAUGUAUUAAAGUGACAUUUUUUACCUCUAUGGUCCCAAUACGUUGCGAUGUAUCAUUAUUAAAUAGUUUUUUUUAUAAAAUAGUUUAAAAGUGAAAUCAGAUGUGAACUAAAUAAGAUCAAAGAUUCUAUAGUCGACCCAAAAGAUUCUAUAGUAGACCCAAAAGAUGAAAAUGAUGACCAUGGAUGGAAGACAACGACAACUGAAAGGUGAUAUUUAUCUGUACAACAUAUUGUUAAUUAUUAACAAAGUAUAGGGUAUUCUCUAUUGAGCUCCGUUCUCAAAUAUGCCUCUCUCUCUGAUAGGACCACACCCGUUUUAGAGGAAUAAACUUAUUGAGCCUCUCUCUAUUACUGUAAGCCCCUCCACGUUUACAACAAAGGAAGCCAAUCAUCAAAACACAUACACAACAAUAUCAAAGGAAACCAAUAUUGUUUAUACCGAUUGGAUUAUUAUAUUGUCCUGGAAGCUAAAUCAAGACGGUAAUUUAAGUCAAACCGCAACCAUGGCUUAUACAGAAAAAAGCUGCACGAUCUACAGCUGUCCGUCCUCUCGGCUCUCUUUAGUAUUGUUGCGAAUUAUUUCUAUUAUACUUUAAAAAACACCAGGAAUGCUAGCUACAUCUGUUCACUAGACAGAACGGCAUGUCUAAAGCUAACCAGUCUGCAGUCGAUCCAAUCUCGUUCACCGAGCCUGCGAUCCUCGGGAAGGAACGUGAGGCUCUGGGAUAAUCCGUUUCAGGGAGGAAUCUGAUUGGCCGUUGACAUCGAAUGCGCAGUUCGGUCCCUUCGGUCUUAGCCAGGAUUCCUGGCUUCCGGCAACGGAUUAUCCCAGAGCCUCACGUUCCUUCCCGAGGAUCGCAGGCUCGGGGAACGAGAUUGCAGUCGAUCGAACUUAGUCAAAGACAACCUCGUUCCCAGGCUAUUCCCUCUUGAGGAAGAAAUACCCUGGUUCCGGCUGAUCACGUGUCACCAGGAUUUCGCGUAAUAAAUUAAAAUGUACCUUAGCGUAGGGUGGUAGAAGAACGUGUUUGUUGUUUUUGAAAAGAAGGGAAGACCCUGGGAACAAGGUUGAGUUCAAAAAUGUGGUUAGGCAAUCGUAUGGAAAUGUCUUGUAAUUAUUGUAGGAAGUUGUAAUUUCUUUGUUAUCAAAGGUUAGGUCAUCAUAUGACUGAAAGCGGACAAGUUUUAAGCUCUCUGGAAGAAAUUCACAGUAGACUAGGUAGGUAUUUUAGUUGUGUUGUCAUUAUAAUAUAUAGUGGUCAGUUUCUAAUAAUUUUACAACAAAACAAUAUUCGAAUUACGAUUUCUUUUGUAGAUAAAAUCGAGUCCGAUUUAUCAAGUAGCCAACAUAAUGUGGAAAAUAACAGUAAAAUGGUUGAAAAGGUACAUGAAAAUUAGCCACCAUAACAUCGUUUCGAACACAUUAUAAACGUGACGUCGUACUGGCCUAACGUAAAAAUUCUUACGUAGGAAACGUUCGUCCCUAGAUUCCAGUCCCCCGUUGGCGUAAUAUUUUAUAAUAUUGACUAGACCCAAGUCUAAGGUGUUUAUGUAUCAUUUAAACUUUGCUCUUUUCGAAGCACCAAAUGAAAACCCAUUUUUCCUUUACUGCAUGUACGUUGUCACUGUAUAAAUUUCAUCUUUUUAAUAUUGAGAAAAUUGUGUCAUAAUGGUUUUACAUGUAUUGUCUAGAAUGUAACGUUAUUAUCUGACUGGAGAAAUGAAAAUAUGGAAUCAAUGAAUCGGCUUUGCAAGCUGCAGGAUUUGUCUGUUGAUGAAGUUAAACACUUAAGGUGAUUUUUCUGUUUAGUAUUGUUUAGUAUUUAUCAUAAGAAUUAGUAUUGUAUUUUAUUGGGGUUUUUUUCGAAGAAAUUCGAUUACACACAAUAUGCUUCCACAAGAGUACAGUUUUGUAUGUGGUCUUUUGACUGUGGUCUUGGUGAAAAAGAUACAAAAUAGUUACUGUCGUUCCAAUUGAAGUGUUGCUCAAAUAUUGAUUCAAUACAUUACCUCGGGCUGACCAAUUCAUUUCAUCAAGUUCCUCGAGAUAUUCAUACACUUCCUAGUAUAAUUGUAAACUUCCUGUUGAAUAGUUUGAAUGCACCAAUCACCUUUGUCAUAAAUAGAAAGGAAGUGACCAGAAAUUAUCAAAUACUUGGAAUUGGCUCUUUCACAGGAAGUGUAUGAAUAUCUCGAGGAACUUGAUCAAAUGAAUUGGUCAGCCCGAGGUAAUGUAUUGAAUCUCUGGUAUUGAAUCAAUAUUUGAGCAACACUUCAAUUGGAACGACAGUAAUUAUUAGAAAAAUGGUUAAUUACUUUAAUUUUUAUUUCAGAUCCAAACUGUACGAUGUGCAAGAUAAAAUUCACGAACUUGAGACGAGUCUAAAUGACGCUCGCGUUCACAAUGAAUUCUCGACCAGUCGAAAAUCAAAUAGUUUUCUUGGUAAUAACAGUUAUAUUCUGUUUUAUGCUAAUAGUGCCGUAUAUGUUUAAAUAGGAUGCGCAUGCGUGUAUAUGCACAAUUUAUCGCCGCACAAAUGGAAGCGUGCAUUUGGUUAUUAUAUGGGUAAUUGGCAGAUACACGCCCUCAAAUUUAGAAAUACUCCCCAAAUCCUAAAUUCUGGCUACGAGUAGACCCUGACUGGAAACAGCAGGGGAAGAUACGAUCCUGAGGCAGAGUGAUGGUUAGAAUAGUAUUUUAUUAAUAUGAAUACCGUUCAAUCUCCCUAUUAAAUACGGGCAUCAAAGUUACAGACCAAACUGGCAAACUGUCCUUAUACUGUAGAGGUGCCCGUUUAUAGAAAUCACGUUACUUUUAAGUUGAAGUUUGGUAUAUUAAUACCAAAGCGUCACGGGUACAUGUAUAUUUGCUACAGAGAUGGCCUCCCCCCUUGCAAUCUCAAAUCCUUCUCCAACUGGAAAAGUGGGAUAUAGGCAGUAAAACUGAUUCCAGCCUAGAUGAAACGUGCUCAUUGGCCUGAAGUGAUACAAAACUGUCUGUAAGGCCAAAUAAAAAAAAUACUUGGUUAGCGUCACACUCUCACAAAUUUUCAGAGGCGGGCGGGCGCUUUUUUUUUUAAUUUUUACUCGUUUUUUAAUUUUUUAAUAGUAUUUUUUGGGGGGAUGGGGGCGGUUUUUCCACCAUGUCGGUGAAAUUUUUUGUACUGAUGUCGCGAAGGCCGCCAUUUUGCUAUAAGAACCUUGUAUACCCAAUCCCACGCGCUCCUAUCGAUCAGUAUAUAGCGCGAAGGUCUGAGCAAGAGAAAAAUUUCAAAUAUUAAUCUGUUUUAAGCUGUAAAACGAAGAGAUUUACAUAAAAAAAAAAAAAAAAAUUCAGAGGCGGCAGAAAAUCGAGAGGCGGGCGGUGACGCUAACCAAGUAUUUUUUUUAUUUGGCCUAAUGCUGCGCCCUUUAGGCUGUAGCUUCAUUGCUUACCUUGGACAACUGAGACCUGGUAAUGUGCACAGUUUGAUUGCAAUGGUUGUAAAACAACUCUGUAUGUGGUUUAGAUAAUGACAUGAACCCGAAAGUAAAACACAGUUACAUCUCAAUAUCGAGCGAUGAAGACGAAAGACAUAGUUUUACAAAUUCAAAUUCGUCUGACAAUUUGGAUGCAAGCGAUCAUGGUGAUUCAUCACUUGGAUUCAAUGGUUAGUAUACAGUAUAUGACACUAUAUGUCGAAAGUUUUUUUCUGGAUGAAAAUUUCAUUUGAUUCUACGUAGUACGUUCAGAUUUAAAAUUUAUCCCCCGUAUUCCUUGGAUUUGAUCAAAGUACUACUUAACCAAAACCAUGUUUUUUUUCAAGUUUUACUAUUCUACUAAAGGUGUAUUAUAUGGUUGAUACAUGUACAGUAUGGUGGUGAUCAGUACUUAGUAUGAGAUGUGUGUGCAAAUCAUUUUCUUUGUUUCAGAACUCAACCUGGACGGCAGUGAUAGACAAAGAGAAAAAUCACAGAGUUCUGGAUCAGAUUUACUUCAUUCAUCCUUGAACUCACUAACUGGUUCUGAGGAUUCCUUGAGUGAGAUAUGAUCUACGGCGAUAAAGGUGAUACGUUGCCUAAGAUACAGUAACUGCCACUGUUCAACUCCCUGGUCGUAAACGCAAAACGAUUUGGAAAUGCAACUGAAGGAUUUAUGAAAGCGCAUGUAUAUGAAUGGUACGCGUCACACGUGUAUGAAUGAUUGACGUGUAUGAAUGGUUCACGUGUAUGAAUUCUGAGAAGUUAAAUAACUUUACUCUUAGCGGAAUACAGUAAAACAUGACCAACAUAAAAAGCUUGUCUUCAACCAUAUGAACUUGUAACCUAGCGUAAGGUGAGGCAAAAACAGUACCUGGGUUUCCUAUUCUUGUUGCAAAAACGUUAUGUAUAGGACAGGUCGGGUUUUUUUGUUUUGUUAAUUUUCUUUAUAAAUGCUCAUGCACGAGAAUGAUAUUCUACAGUACGUCAAUUACGGCAGCACAGAUGGCGAAACAAGCAGAUUAUAAUUUUUUUGACAGGUUAUACUUUAUACAGCUAGUGACAUAACGCUACGAACUGGGUACGAAAAAUUGCUCCGAAACCAAUGCAUAUUUGGCCUAAUUUACAUAUCAAGCAACUAAAUUAAAAAUUAAGGAAAGAGAAAAAAACAUAAAAAAGAUUGUUGUUUUAGAUUUAUUUCUAUGUUUUACUUAAUUAUUGCAUCUUUUACAUAAGUCUGGUAAAUAUCAAAUAAUCUAUGAUUUUGAAAUAUCUGUUCAAAUUCUUUCAAACUUGUACAAUCUAGUGUCUGAAAUCCACUGGCAAUUCUGCAAAAAAAAAUCACUUCAAAUGAAUGAGAAAAUCAGCGGAAUGUUUUAGCGCUGUUCGCAAACCUUCGGCUUCGUGUGUA